UUCAAAAAUUUUCAUCAUUUCUCUGCUCAGCACCAUUUUGUCGGACAAUUUUCGAAAUUGGAGUUCUCUGAGGUUGAAAACCAACGCUGAAUCUGUCUGAUCUCACGAGCAAUGAAUUACAGAAGGGAUCACCGUUCCUCCAAGACAUUGCUGUUUAAUGACCUCGAGGAAGGUAGUCUUAGGGCUUCUUCAUCGUAUUCUCAUGACAUUAAUGAGCAUGACAACAACAAAGCCGUUGAAAGCUUGCAAGAUAGAGUUGUUUUCCUAAAACAAUUGACAAAUGACAUACACGAUGAGGUGGAUAGUCAUAAUCGUUUCCUUGACCGAAUGGGGAAUGACAUGGAUGCAUCAAGAGGUGUAAUGUCUGGUACCAUGGAUAGAUUCAAGAUGGUAUUUGCGAAAAAAUCUAGCCGAGGAACGUGUAAACUCGUUGUGUGUUUUGUGGUUUCUUUCUUAAUCAUUUACUAUCUCAUCAGGAUUCUCAGAUUCUUCAAGUAUGGUUGAAUCAGAAGUUGUGAAGCUUGUCUACUCAAAUCUUCAAAUCGAUUACAGGUAGACCAUACACAGGAUUCAGGAAAAUAUUUUAUAAUUCCAGUCUGAAAUCUGAAUGACCGGUAACUGAAGUCAGGCCGCGCAUUCCUGGUUGAAAAACUGAUGAAUCUUUAUCACAAAUGUAAAUAGUUUGUUUGGGGCCAUAAGGCCUCUUCAUUCCUUACCCUUGUGAAGUGAUAAUAA